AAGACUGGAGAAAGUACAUCACCUAGAAUCUCGGAGAAGCCGAAACAGAAUGAGCGGUGCAUUGUUCAGGAACGUCGCCAGCGAUGCCGCCCGGCUCAUACUGCGUAAUGCGGCGGCGGCAGACCCGACCGGCCAUGCGAAAUCCGUCGUUACCCGAUUCCAAUCGAGGCCUUAUUUCCGCUCGCAUAAGCUUUUGGGGAGAGCAAAGGAAAUAGGAAUCUCAGCUUCUUCUGGUUUCUGUUCGUCGUCUUCUUCUUCUUCUUCCUCGGUGGGUUUCGUCGGAUGGUAUCUUGGUAUGGUGAAAUCACGCCCAGUUCUCACAAAAAGUGUCACUUCCUCGCUUAUUUACAUUGCCGCUGAUUUGUCUUCUCAGACGAUUUCGAAAAAUUCUUCCGAGUCAUAUGAUUUGGUGAGAACAGCAAGGAUGGCAGGAUAUGGUCUAUUUGUGUUGGGUCCAACGCUUCACUAUUGGUUCAAUUUCAUGUCAAGACUCUUUCCCAAACAAGAUUUGAUCACAACAUUUAAGAAAAUGGCCAUGGGACAGGCGAUAUACGGGCCUAGCAUGACCGUUAUUUUCUUCUCAUUGAACGCGUUCCUACAAGGGGAAAGCGGUUCAGAUAUACUUGCCAGAUUGAAAAGGGACGUACUUCCCGCAAUGUUUAACGGUGUUAUGUAUUGGCCUAUAUGUGAUUUUAUGACAUUCAGGUUCUUCCCCGUUCAUUUACAGCCUCUUGUAAGCAACUCGUUUUCGUAUCUAUGGACAAUCUACAUGACUUACAUGGCAAACCGUGAAAAACCAGUUGCGAUUUCAAGCUGAAACACUCAAUUAUCUUCGACAUUGUCUCGGCCUACCUUACCUUUCUCUGCAUUGCCCUGUGGUUGAGGAAUGAAGAAACACAGCCUAAAAGGUCACAUUAACCUGCAAUUAGCUAAAGAGACUCCAUGCAUUCUUCAAAAAUUUAUGUUCUCUGUCUGUAGCUUUAGAUUGGUAAAUGUAAGAAGAAUUUUGAAGAACAGCUACACAUUUUUGACAUGAAUGAUU